AGUCGAGGCUUAAACCUGAGCCUGUUGUACGCCUCCACACAUAUACACACACACACACACACACACACUUACACACAAAUAGGAGAGGGAGAGCAGCCCGUCCUCCUACCACUCAGCCAUGAGUAGCAUCGGAUAUGACCCCUUCUACUCCGCCUCGCCAUACAGACGCUGGUAUGCCGAGGCCCCCCCUCGUGUCGCGGUGACCCGAGGGAGGACCCACUCCGUCUACUCCUCCCAUGCUUCCCCGCUGUCCUCCUCCCGUCUGCAGUACUCCUCUCCCGGCCGGGGGUUGCUCUCCUCCUCCUCACAAUCCGCUUCCGUGGAGCUGGAGCUCAGCCAGGCCGCUAAGAUCAGCUCUGAAUUCCGCACCGUGCGCACCCAAGAGCGCGGCCAGCUGCAGGACCUCAACGACCGCUUCGCUGGCUUCAUCGAGAGGGUGCGUGAGCUGGAGCAGCAGAGCCGCGCUUUGGAGGCAGAGCUGCUGCUGCUGAGGCAGAGGUACACUGAGCCGUCCCGCCUGAGAGCGCUGUAUGAGCAGGAGGCCCGGUCCCUGAGAGCUGCUGUGGAUGAGGCCAGGGCAGAACAACAAGCUGUCCUGGGACAGAGAGAGCGGUUGGAGCAAACCCUGAGCACCUUGCAGUGUCGAUAUGAGGAGGAAGUGCUGGCUCGCGAACAGGCCGAGGGCCGGCUGAUGGACACCCGCCGCGAGGCCGACCAGGCGGCUUUAGCUAAGGCUGAGUUGGAGAAGAACGUCGAAACUCUGCUGGAAGAGCUGGCCUUCCUCAAGAGGAUUCAUGAAAGCGAGGUGGUUGAGCUUCAGGCCCAGGUGCAGAUAGGUGUCCAGGUGGCAGUAGAGUCCGAGGCCGCAGCUCCGGACCUCUCUGGCGCUCUCAGGGACAUCCGGUCCCAGUACGAAAGGCUGGCGGCGAGAAACAUGCAGGCAGCAGAGGAGUGGUUCAAGGGCAAGGUGGGCUCCAUGACUGAAACUGUGGCCCAGCACAGUAACGCCGUGAGAAGCUCCAAGGACGAAGCAGGAGAGUACCGACGCCAGCUCCAGGCCCGCCUACUGGAGAUUGAUGCAUGCAGAGGCCUCAAUGAAUCCCAGGAGAAACAGCUGCACGAGAUGGAGGACAAGCAGAACGCUGAGAUAGAUGCCAUGCAUGACACCAUUGCAGAUUUGGAGAGUGAGCUGAGGGGUACCAAACACGAAAUGGCACGCUACCUGAAAGAAUACCAGGACCUUCUGAAUGUCAAGAUGGCUCUGGACAUUGAGAUUGCUGCAUACAGGAAGCUGCUAGAAGGGGAGGAGUCUCGUUUCAGUGGGAGUGUGUCCUCAUUGUACAGCCACAGUUUCUCAGCGCCCUCCAUCACCCGGCCCUUCCACUCCAGCCUGAGCUCUGGCACCUCCUACAUGAUGACAUCACACCUCCUCAGCUCCAGAUUCAGCACCACCGAGUGCCUCAUCUCUGCCAUCCACGCCCAGCAAGCAGAGGCCAGCCCACCUGGGGAAGAGGAGGCCGCGGAGGAGGAAGAGGAGGAGAAGGAAGAAGAGGGAGGAGAAGAAACAGAGGAGACACAGGAGGAAGAGGAGAAGGAGGAUGAAGAGGAAAGAGAAAAGGAUGGAGAUAAAGAGCAAGAAGAUGAAGAAGAGGCAAAGGUAGAUGAAGGGGCUAAGGGAGAAGAUGAAGAGGCUGAAGAGGGUGGUGAGGAAGAGCAAAAAGAAGAGGUGACAGAGGCUGCCGAAGAUGACGGAGAGAAAGGAGACCAAGGAGACCAAGGAGAAGGAAAGGAGACCGAGGUUAAAGAGGAAGCCCAAGAGGAGGUAAAGACGGAAGGAGGCGAUGACAAAGAUGAGGAUGCAAAAGAAAAGGCAGAGAAGGAAGAGGCAAAAAAAAGUGAAGAGAAAGAAGAUAAAGCGGCUGCCAAGAAAGACGACAAAGAUCCUUUGAAAACAGAUGUCAAAGCUGAAGCCAAAAAAGAGGAAGAGGGAGGAAAAGCAGCCAAGCCGGAGGCUGCAGAAGAAACAAGCACAAAGGGUCAAAAGUAAGCCAGUAGCUUCAGAAAACUCAUGACUGUCAAUUAGCUCAAUAACCAGUAGCAGCAUUCUACGCUAUCCUCUCAAAUAUGCUUGUUAACAUGGUGCUCAAUAAAACAGUCCAAUCGUCAUUUACAGCAACAAAUCAAGGUUAACUGCUUGCCAAUAUCAAGAGUAGUCCAUAAAGGUCUGGUUGCAUUAGUGUCAUAAGUGUAACUGCUGAGUGCAAAAGGGAGUGUGGGAGAUUCUGGUGGUUUAAUAAACACCUCUUAACGCC